UGACCGUUGUUGCUUCCGCUUUGAAAAUCUGAGUGGGCUGUGACUGGGUAUAGCUCCUGGACAGACUUUGGCGUUCAGUUCACUAAAAGUUAGGAGCAACAAGGGCAGAGCUGUAAAUCAACGUAUUCAAUAAAUGCCUUUUCCGUUAUAAGGGAAUAAAAAACCAGUCGAAAUAUGUCGUCUAAUUCUAAUCUCACCAACAUGCGUCGGCUUGUGGAACAACUGAAACUGGAGGCCAGUGUUGAGCGGAUAAAGGUGUCCCAGGCUGCUGCGGAGCUCCAGCAGUACUGCCUCCAGAAUGCCUGCAAGGACGCCCUGCUGGUGGGGGUCCCCACGGGGAGCAACCCUUUUAGGGAGCCCCGCUCCUGCUCACUCCUCUAGAGCACAGGGUAUUGCACAAGACCUGGGCCUGGACAGAUACUACAUGACCUUCUGAGCAGCCUGGUCUUAAGAGGAAGCAAGCACACCACAAGGGAAACCUGCUUUUCCAAACAACUGUGUUUAUCAAGUACUUAUUUGACUCUGUGCCUUCAAAUUAGCUAAAUUUUCUUGGUUGUUUCAUGCAAAGAAAUUGGCAGAAUUUCGUAACAUUUGAUUGCAUGACAUGGAUAAAUGUUUACAGGCGUGCGGUAUGAAACUAUUUGAACCCAGUGUUUUUAAUUGUGGGAUGCUUUUCCUGUGUUGACACUGAGGUUCAUUUCCAGAAUUAGAAAGCACAGAAAAAUGUGCAGUUCUCUGUUUACUGCUGUGGUUGACAGUGAAAGACCUUCUUUAAAACAUGAGAGAUCUUCAUUUAUAAAUACAAGAUGAGGUACCAGUCAGACGACUUUAGGGUUGAGUGUUUUUCAUGGUGUGGGUAAGCUUCCAGGUCAUCCAGUGGCAUGGGUACUGUUAAUUUCUUAGCCUGUAUGAUUAAUCUUCAUCAAACAGUUAUCAACUGGUUUCACUGCCAAUCUUUAUACCUAAAACACAUUUUCCAAAUUUGGUCUGACUGAGACUAAAUGAAUGCUUUCAGGCGAAAAGAAUGUAACCUAUGGUAUAGACACUGUUGAAGUUCCCAUAUGAAAAUGUGGGUCAGUUCGUUGCACUUUAUAGAGAGACAUCUAAAACAUUUUUAAUCUUAAAUUCAAGGGAUGAAUAAAUUCAAGGGAGUACUUAAAUGGGACGUUUUAUUUGAUAAUGAACAGGCACCAAGUAAGACUAUAUUUAUUUUUGUCAGUUGAAAGGAUUUGUAGCUUUUAACCAACUCUGUACCUUGUUGGGGACUAUAAAUUGGCUAAACUGAGAUGAUCAGAGAAUAUCUUGUUAUGCAUGGUGCUCAAAACUAUAGCAUAUGCCUUACUGGUCAUUUUUGAAGACUGUUGUUCAUGUUUUUUGUUACAGUCCAUUAAUUGUCUUGUGAAAGUCCCUGUAGAUUUUUUAAAAAUGUAAAUGUUGGUUAGAACAGUAAUUGGUAAAUAAAAAGCUGGUUAGUUAUGUAAGGCCUUAGCUAAAAUCAAUAUUCUUAAAUUACAUUCUUAAAUGUUUUUAUCUUCAGCUUUUCGUCCAUUUCUUUGCUGUUGAUCUACUAAGGUGCACAUGCACAUUUUUGAUAUGAAUGCUUUUAUAAUAUCAUUAUAUUGUUUUAUAUGUUUAUAAUGAAAAAAAAAAUACUAAAACUAAUUUGUUUGAUCCUUGAGUAAAAUGUUCAUCACCAAACUGUUGUGCACGGAUAAGCAGCAUGUUCUUGGAUCGAAUCCAGACGGUCCCAGUGUUGGCUCGUGGCUGGUAGUUCCGCUGGGCGAUGCGAAAUUGAUUAUUGCAUCACUCUGGGUGUGGGAGGGUUCGGGGUCUACGUUUCAUCGCUUUAUAGCGACCCCCGCUGGUCGAUCGGGUGCUUGCGGGCUACGUGCCAAAGCAGCACGUAAAGGUUCUUCCUCGGACUCCACUUUGUGUGAGCUUAGCUGUCGGCUGUGGUGUGAAAAGAAGCAGACUGGCGACACCAAGUGUUUAAGAGGAGAACUGCAAAUGUCUUCGCUCUCCUGAAUUGGCAGCGGGGUUUGCACAUGAAUGCGGCUGCGGUUGCAGAUAGUUAGACAUUACAAAUUAGGGUGGAAAUUGUAUACAUAAAACCCUUGGUGCUAAAUUAAUUUUUAAAAAUAAACAAAAAACCAGUCUCAUAAAA